UUCAAUCGUCAAAAGGAAAUCUAUAAGCUGCCUGACAACCAGGCAUGUAUCCUUCGUCUCGACGUCUGGAGUGUCCAUCGUGGGCAAGAGUUCUAUAACUGGCUUCCCGCAACCUGUCCGUGGAUUCUCCGCGAAUAUGUCCCUGGAGGCUGCACAGGAUUAUUCCAACCAUGUGAUGUAGGGAUCAAUCGGCCUCUUAAACAUGCGAUACGACAAGUUGUAAACGAGGAUCAACAAGAACGUCACUCGGAGGAG